GCGGAGGGCGGACCGGGGAUGAGGCUCGACUGUAGAAGCCACCGCCGCGGUCGGCCAGAGGGGGAAGACGAGGCGAUUAAGCGCAGCCGCCUCACAGGCCCGAGGGGUAAGGAGCGGCUUCGGGCGGCGUCGCUGAGGCGGGUUUACAAGAAGGAUCGGUCGCAUGCAAAAAUACAGUGCAGGAUCAUGGAUCGUUAACAAGGACUGCACUGUAAAUCUUAAAAGGAGAUAAAAGAUACUGGCUGUGCUCCAGGGCUCAUGAAGACCUCGUCCCUGGCUCAGAGACACUCUGUUGACUUAACUCCACCCUCUCUGAAGCCAGUGCUGCAGCAUUUCAUUCUUCUCUCUACAAGCCCUGCAGGAUUGGUGAAGGACCGGUUCAGAAUGUGAUCCUGCUGCUCUACAGGAAACAGCAAGAAAUUUAAGAACCAUUCUGCUUUCGGCAACUGCACAGCCAUUACCAAGAAGUUUCCAGUAACUGAACCGUUUCCCAAAACAUCUUUACAAUGUCCGGUCCUUUGUCCUCCCGGAUUAUAAACUCUGCCAGAAGCAGCAUCUGUUCUUUGCAUGGAAAAGGAUGUUUGAAUUCCAGGUAUGUUUUGAGCCCGAAGAAAGCUACACAGAGGAGUCUGUUCUCCAAAGGUCCUUUCCCCUCUUUGCGGGCCAGCACCAGCGGCAACACACCUGACAUUUUCACCUUGAGCAAGGCUUUCAGACAUACCUCAACAGAAGAAGAAGACUUCUCCUUCCACCUGACGCCACCACAGAUAGAUGACAUAUUAAGGGCGAGUGAGUUGUCUCACACAAUCCCCGAAUUUGACGGGAGAAAUCCUAGUUCGGUGCUGAAAUUUGAGAGUAACCAGUUGGCCGCCAACACCCCGAGUGAAGACCGUCGAAGCGCAGCGGCGUUCUUGCAGACUCGGGGGAUGAUGUUUGGAGUUUUCGACGGCCACGCAGGUUACGCCUGCGCCCAGACAGUCAGCGAGAGGCUGUUUUUUUACAUCGCCAUUUCUCUCCUGCCUCGGCAACGGCUGGAGGAAAUGGAAUUUGCGAUGGAGUCCAUGAAGCCUGUUCUCCCCAUCCUGCAGUGGUACAAGCAUCCGAACGAUAGGUUCUUUCAAGAGGUAGCUUCUUUGUAUUUGGAACAACUCAGGGUGUAUUGGCAGGCCUUACUGGACAUGGAAUCGGGCUUUACGACAGAAGAAGCCUUGGUCUACGCCUUUAAAAGGUUGGACUCGGACCUCUCAUUGGAGGUCCAGGCACCCUUAGAGAAUGAACUGUUGAGGAACAUCGCCCUUCAAGUGGCUUUUUCUGGCUCGACAGCAUGCGUGGCUCACAUCGACAGCAUUCACUUGCACGUGGCCAACGCCGGAGAUUGCAGGGCCGUCCUAGGUGUUCAGAAUGAAGACGGCUCGUGGUCCGCUCUCCCUCUUACUCGAGACCACAAUGCCUUCAACAAUCUGGAAGUCUUAAGGUUAAAAAGGGAGCACCCGAAGACCGAAGAGGACACUCUCUUUUUGAACAAGAGGCUGCUGGGUGUCUUAAUGCCUUCCCGAGCCUUUGGUGAUGUUCAGUUCAAGUGGAGCGAGGAGCUGCAGCAGAGCGUGCUGGGAAACGGGGGCGACGCGGAAGCGUUAAACAUUUAUGAGUACAUACCUCCCAACUACCACACCCCUCCCUAUUUAACCGCGGAGCCGGAAGUCACCUACCACAGAAUCAGGCGUCAGGAUAAAUUUUUAGUCAUUGCCUCGGACGGCCUGUGGGACAUGCUGAGCAACGAAGAGGUGGUCAAGCUCGUCGCGGAACACUUGCUUGAAACGAACAUGCAGCAGAGGCAGCUGGCUUUUAAAAAACCAGCCAAACUGGGCUACAUGCAAAACCUGCUGCUGCAGAGGAAAGCCAAGCGCGUCCGCUCCUAUGACGAGAACGUGGCCACCCACCUCAUCCGAUACGCUGUUGGGAACAACGGAUAUGGAGAAGUAGAUCCAGAGAAGCUGGGGGCCAUGUUGACUCUUCCCGAUGACCUGGCCCGCAUGUAUAGGGAUGACAUAACCGUCACCGUGGUCCAUUUUAAUUCCGAUACGGUUGACAGUUACUACCAAGAGAAUAAAUAAGGGACCCGCCUGGCUACUGGAUCAUACUUGUGCUAAUUCUGCAGACCACGAAGGGAUUUCUUUUUUCGCCAUUAGUGAAAAUGUCUAGAAAUGCUGCUGUGUGGAAGUCCCCUAGCUGUCUCCAGUGGCCUAAUUUCUAAGCAAGAACUGGUGUUUUAAAAACUGUGUGUAUUUAUUAGAACAAAAUGUCGUAAGACAUCCUUAUGGGUGGGGAUGAGAGAGGUGCAGUUUUGUGCCAAAAGGAUUAAGAGGCGGCAAAGAUGUAGUUAGCUGUUUACAGAACAAAUAAAGUCCAAAAUGCA